AGAAUUUUAUUUCCAUAAAGAGAAGAAAAUCUGAUAUUCAACCGAAAGUCAAGAUGGCAAACAACGUAAAUAAAACGUUUCUUAAGGGUCAACGCACUUUCCUGUUUCAAUCCCGCUCACCAAAAUCCGCCAUUUUUGCCCGAAUUUUCUGUGUCAUAAAACACAACGGAAAAACAAAAACCCUAAAAACCCAAAAAAAUUAAAAUUAAAAAUUAAAAAUUAAAAACCGCACACAGUACAAAGGCACAAUCUUUUUUCCUUUGAAGCGGCUUUUGGGACCUAAAUUCAACAUUCUCCUACUGCUUUAUUUCUAAUCAAUUCCUUCUUCUUUCAAACAUAUUCUCCUGUAUUCGGCGAAUGAUGUUAUAUGAGGGGAAGCUGUUUAAUUAAGUGCAUGGGUAAUAUAUUUUGUUAUUUUGCAUUGCCACUUUGAGUUUUGAUGGUGGUAUUUUGCUGCAAGUAAAUGGAGAGUCAAGAGAUUUUGGAGAGUUCAACCAGUAUGGAUGCUAGUGUCAGUUCAUGCAAUGGCGGUAUGCAGCAGUAUGGUGACUAUGUUGAGGAGAGCGGGAAUCUAGAUGUGGACUUCCUUAAUGAUUUGGAUUCUUACUGGGAAGAUAUUAGGGAUCGGCUGACUGUAUCAAGAAUGGUUAGUGACUCAGUCAUCAAGGGUAUAGUAUGUGCCGUUGAACAAGAGGCAGCGGAAAAGAUUGCUCAAAAGGAAUUAGAGAUAGCUAGGUUAAAAGAGACAUUACAUCUUUACCAUGUGGGUAUAGAUUGUAAUGAACCCAUGGGGCAUUUAAAUAUGUUCAAUGAACUAAAAAUCAUGAAAAAUGUGCUUCAUUACACCGAUUCAGAUUACUUUUUAGAGCAUGAAAGAUUACAAGAUUCUUUACAUGACCUCAUAUUUGCUGCUAAAGAGCAGUUUAAAAAGCUGAAGAAAGAAAUUGAAAAGCACAAAUGGUCUGAAAUUGACAAGAUGAAAGGGUCUGAAAUUAAUAAGUUCAAAGGUUCUGGUUCUAUUAGGAGGAAUGGUUCUGGUUCUCAGUUGUGGGGAUUGAGUGGUAUUCUAGAGGAAGACAUGCCUGACAAAUGGAUUGAUGUUGAUAGGACACUUGAUGGUCUUAGAACUUCUCUUGAAUCUAUUUAUGCCCAAACAGAGAAGGGGGUUUGCUUGUCUAAGUCAUUGCUCUCUGACUGGCAGAAGGACAGGGAAUUUCAAGCAGAAAUUGAAGGAUCAGUGAUGACGAAUUGUAUUCGGAGUCUACAAGAACAGUUUGAACAGAGACUCUGGGAUCAAAAUUCUCAAUCUUGUGGUAAUGAAAGUGCACAAUGUCUUGAAAAGAUAAAAGAGCUCUCUAGUUUAUGUCAGGAAUUAGAUGCCAUCUCUAAAUCAUUAUCUGUUCCUGAAAAUGGACAGUUGAUUUCACAUGGGUCCUUGGAGCACCGGAAGGCUUCAAGUAACCAUGUUUCCUCAGCUUCACACUGGGAGGGAAAUGGCAAACAUGACGAAUCAAUAAUUGUUGUUCCAGAAAAUUUGGAUCAUUCACAACUAAAGCACUUCACAAAAGAUGAAUUAUUUAAUUAUUUUAAAGCUGAGAUGACUAAAAUGAAGAGACAAUAUGAAUUAAAGGAGCACGAAAUGACAGAAGAGUAUUUCACCCUCAAGAGGGAGUACUUGAGGGAAAGGGGGUCUUCUUUGCCAGUGAGGAAGGAUAAGGAGCUUGAUACACUGAAGAAAAAGAUCCCAGAGGUCAUUCUGAAGUUGGAUGGUAUUCUUGCAGAAAAUGAGAAACUGCCAUCCUUCAGUAACAAUGGAGAUUGCCUUGAUAAUUUGAAGGAUAGGCUGGAAUCUCUUCGUUUGGAAAAUCACCAACUAAGAGAUUCUCUCGCGGAUAAGAAAAAAGAAAUUAAAUGCCUUUCCUCGCAAGUUUCUAAUGCUUCAGAUAAAAUAUUAGAACGCUCUUUGGCUGAGGAAAACUUGUCCAAAAUGCUUGAAAAUCUUAAAAGCGCUCUGGAAGUUUCAAGGAUUCAAACUGCAAUCAGUGAUGAUCUGUUUAAAUUCCUUCUCAAGGAGGUCGUUGGACAGAUGAAAGGCUUCAGUGAAGAGUUAGAAAUGGAGAUGGAUAUCAUGCAGGGAAUAUAUAAAAAUAUAUUAAAAGAAGCCGCUGAAAAUGCUGAGCCUACUAGCACGCUAAAGUUUGAUGAUUCAGUAAUAGAAUCUAUAAUCAUGCCAGGGUUAUGUGAAAUUGUUCUUAGAGAAUCUUUCAAGGAAGCUGAAGAGAAAGCUGUUACCUGGAACCUGAGAUAUAUCAAUGAAAAUGAAGCUCGGGUGUCCUUUGAGAUGGCGGCACUGGAAAAAGAACAAGCACUGAGAUUGAAUAUUGCAGAGAAAGACAAAUUGGAGCAAGAAAUGCUUUUACUAAGGGCAGUUAUUGAUGACAAGACCAAUUUGGUGCUGGAAGUAACAGGAGCAUUGGCACAAGAGAAGGAGAAAUAUGAGUUGGCUUCUCAAAAGCUUGACAAUUUAAGGGUUCAGACAAUGCAUCAAAAAGAAUUAGUUUCAAAGUAUGAUGGUGAAUUACAGAUUGUCAAAGAUGAUUUGGAUAAGGCAUUAGAGAAAAUUAAAAUGGAUAAAGGGGAGAUUUCCAAGUUGAGAGAGCAGCUGAAGAUAGUAACACAAAAAUUAAGAGAAGCUAUUGAGGAGAAAAAUGUGCUUCUUUCUGUAUCUCAAGAGCAUCAGAAUACUUUAGUUUUGGUUGAAGCAAGAGAAAUAGAAUAUAGGAAGCAAAUUAAUUCAACUAUUAUUCUUGUCCAAGAAUUGUCAAAAGCUGUUACAGAUUUUGAAUGCAGAACAACCGAAGAUCUUAGAGUGAAUAGUUUGAGGUUGGAACAUUUGAGUUCUCAAUUGAGUUCUCUUGUUCAGGAUGCUAAUAAACUUAGAAGAACAGGGUUGAUGUACAAGCAGAAGCUUGAAGUUAGGUGUUCUGAUCUUCGAAAGGCUGAAGCUGAGGUUGAUCUUUUGGGUGACGAGGUGGAUACUCUUCUUAGCCUUCUUGAAAAGAUAUACAUAGCGUUAGAUCAUUACUCUCCGAUAUUGCAACACUAUCCUGGAAUUAUGGAAGUUCUGAAGUUGGUCAGGAGAGAAUUGAGUGGAGAAUCUGUAAAACCAGUUUGAUCUGCUUUUUGACCCUUUUUGUUGAACAGAUUAGAGCUGCAGAGAUGCUUUUGGUAUUUCUGCAGAAUCUCUAUUAGUGGAGGGGUUCUCCCAAACAACUUGAUGCCCCUGUGAACAGACUUCUCGCAAAGUUUGGCUAGAGAACAUAUUAUUGUGUGUUGGCCCUUUUUGUCCUAUUGCAAUGAAAACUUUAAAGAUAAAGCGGGAGAAAGUACAGGCACAGCAAGUUGGAGAAACUUUUUGUUUUUGUUCAUUUUUGUAUAGGACAGUCCUGCUUUUCUAGUUUUUAAAGUUUAUAGGGUCUCCAUGAAUCACAAGUUUGUCUUUUUGUUCUUCUUUCACAAAGUUGCUUAUUAGGUUAAUAGAAGCAAAGGGAUGUGGAUAUCCAGGAAACUACAUAUUGGCAAAGAUUUAUUUAUUUACUUUUCCCUGUAUCAAGCUUUCUCCUAUUCUAUCCAUAGGUUUAGCUUGGAAUGUAUAGUUACUUUGACUGUCAAUGAAAGAAUAGUACUCUUACUUA